AUGCAGGAGCACGAGAAUCCCGCCACGGCGGCGGCACCACAUGCCCCGGCCCCUUCAUUAGAUCCUUCGGCGGCAGCGGCGACACCGUCCCCUCCCAUUCCUAUCCUGUCUAGUCCGGCACCUCUUCUCCGACCUGCUCUACCGGGCAAUCGCUCCGCCAGUGGUGCUCGCACCCCACGUCUCGGACUCUCUAUCCCGCCCUCUCCCAAUGUCAAGCCUGUGGGUGCCGCGGCGCAACAAACGUCCAGCAGGCCACCGCUUCCUGUGCUACACUUGGCUACCCCGAUGGGUACUUCUGUCACUCCUCAUGAGCAGCCUCCAGGCAGGGGCCCACAGGGUGGACAGAGUGCCUCCGGGGGCAGCGAGAGCAGCGCGGCCCACAGUAGGUCUGGAAGCUUCGGGCCUCUCGAUGGCCGCGCCAGCAACCCUACCUCGGCAGGCUCCCAGUACUCUGCUCUGUCAUGGGCCAGCCAGUUUGGCAUCGGCUCCACUAGGCAACAGGGGACCCCGGAUCCAGUAUCGGCUGUUGGGUCACUCUACUCGGAACGAAGCGAAGGUGGCGUCGGAAUGGAGAGAGAAGGCAGUCUCCAUGGUCUUGAGGCGUUCGAUAAGCUCAGUCUCGAGAAGGCAAGGACGUUGGACGUAGAGGAGCUGGACGACGAGGGCUGGCGGAUCGCUAGUCUGGAGAAGAGGAUCGUUGAACUAGGUAGCCUGGGAGAAGGAGCUGGUGGUGCUGUCACUCGGUGCAUGCUACGGGGAGGAAAGACGGUCUUUGCUCUCAAGGUCAUCACGACAAACCCGGAUCCGGAUGUGAAGAAACAGAUUGUCCGAGAGCUAGGAUUCAAUAAGGAGUGCGCAUCGGAGCACAUCUGUCGCUACUACGGAGCAUUUGUCGACCCAUCCACGGCCACAAUCUCCAUCGCCAUGGAGUUCUGCGAAGGAGGCUCUCUGGACAGCAUCUACAAGGAAGUGAAGAGGCUCGGCGGCCGUACCGGAGAGAAGGUGCUGGGCAAGAUCGCCGAAGGAGUCCUGCGCGGUCUUACGUACCUCCACUCCAAGAAGAUCAUCCACCGAGACAUCAAACCUUCCAAUAUCCUGCUCUGUCGCAACGGCGAAGUCAAGCUGUGCGACUUUGGCGUGUCUGGCGAUUUCGGAACCAAGGGCGAGGCAAACACCUUCAUCGGCACUAGCUACUACAUGGCACCCGAGCGGAUUACCGGCCAGAGCUAUACUAUCACCUCGGAUGUCUGGUCUACUGGAGUCACGCUUCUCGAGGUGGCACAGCACCGCUUCCCCUUCCCUGCUGACGGCACAGAGAUGCAACCACGAGCUGGUCUCAUUGAUCUCUUGACCUACAUCGUUCGACAGCCCAUCCCUAAGCUGAAGGACGAGCCGGAAGCAAACAUCGUGUGGAGUGAGAACUUCAAGUACUUCAUCGAGUGCUGUCUCGAGAAGGAGCCAAGCCGGCGUGCCACGCCCUGGCGCAUGCUGGACCACCCCUGGAUGGUGGACAUGCGCUCCAAGCGUGUCAACAUGGAGCGCUAUCUGUCCCAGGUCUGGGGUUGGGACGAGAAAGAGACGCAGAAGGGACCCGAUGGCGGUACCUUGUAG